AUGCCUCGCCGUUCACUUCGAAAUUCAGCGCCUACAGGGCAGCAAGCCAAACGGCAGCCUGAUACGUCGACCUCCAGACAGAAUACAGGUACAAAACGACGCAGAACUACCUCCAAAGAGCUUCCGUCUAAGCCUAGAAGCUCCAAGCGUACCUCAUCUACCGCAAUAAGGAGCAAAUACUUUGAACAAAACGCCUCGGAGCCCGAUUUAAGUGACAGUGACUUGACUCCAUUGGCAUCAGAGUGCUCGGAUCGAGCCUUGCUGGAAAAGGACAACGAGACAGAGGAUUCAUAUUUCCCGGGUGGAGAAACUUCUACAUGUGUAGGCGCUGAGGAGUCUGCGGAAGAUAACGAAGACGAGGACGAGACUUUUGAUAAGAAGAAAAGAGGAAACAAAAAGAAACCAGCAGCAGUGCAGGUGAAGAAAAGAAAAAGUGGUGUGAAGGAUCCCGUUGCUGAAUCCCGAAAAAAUAGCAAGGGAAACGAGCUCUGGAGAGAAGGUGUCAGGACUGGCCUGGAACCAGGAAAAGAAGUGUUUAUCAAACUUCCGACUCCCAGAGACGAUGGAGGGAUACCCUAUGAGGAUGGCACCAUACAUCCAAAUACCGUCCUCUUCCUUGCAGAUCUUAAGGAAAACAAUGACCGUGAGUGGUUGAAAAAUCAUGAUGUUGAUUAUAGAAAAUCCAAGAAGGACUGGGAUUCAUUCGUUGAAGCACUGAAUGAGAAGCUAGCUGAGAAAGACGAGACAAUCCCUGAGUUGCCAGCAAAAGACUUGGUAAGCAUAUACCAUAAAGAACCAAUAUGCUCCUGA